CUAGAGGAAGUGCCAUAGUGUACCAUUCUCUUGGUAGCAUUUGGCAACACUUCCCCCCUCUCCUUACCAACAAUGGAGAAGUUCAAUGUAGCUAGAAUCUUAUUGUUCCUUCUCCAACUUGGAACUUUGUUCAUUGCCCAUGCAUGUCCUUACUGCCCUUAUCCUCCUUCCACCCCAAAACACCCAAAAUUGCCUCCCAAACAUCCAUCUCCUAAGGUAAAACCACCUUCUACCCCCCACCACCCCAAACAACCUCCUCAUGUAAAACCACCUUCCACCCCUAAGACCCCUAAACACCCUACACCAAAACCGUGCCCUCCACCCCGACCUCCACAUGUCAAGCCACCUCAUGUAAAACCUCCAUAUGUCCCAAAACCACCAGUAGUACAUCCACCUCCCACUGUCAGUCCACCUUAUGUGCCUAAACCACCAUCACCAACACCACCUGUUGUUUCACCCCCAGUCACUCCAAAACCACCAGCACCAACACCACCGGUUGUUUCACCACCAGUCAUUCCAAAACCACCUGUUGUUUCACCACCUUUCACUCCAAAACCACCAGCACCAACACCGCCUGUUGUUUCACCACCAGUCAUUCCAAAACCACCUGUUGUUUCACCCCCUUUCACUCCAAAACCACCAGCACCAACACCCCCAGUCGUUUCACCACCUUUUGUACCCAACCCUCCAGUGGUAACACCACCACCCUACGUGCCAAAUCCUCCGGUUGUUACACCACCAAUCGUGAAACCAUCUCCACCACCACCUUCACCAUGCCCUCCACCGCCGCCGACAAUAGUACCAUCACCACCUGCACAACAGACUUGCCCCAUUGAUGCUCUUAAGUUGGGUGCUUGUGUGGACGUGUUGGGGGGAUUGAUCCACAUUGGUAUCGGCGGCAGUGCUAAACAGACAUGCUGUCCACUUCUUAUGGGACUUGUGGAUUUGGAUGCAGCCAUUUGUCUUUGCACCACCAUUAGGCUCAAGCUCUUAAAUAUAAACAUCAUUCUUCCUAUUGCUCUUCAAGUUCUUGUUGAUGAUUGUGGCAAGUAUCCACCCAAAGAUUUCAAGUGUCCUUCAUCCUAACUCAAGGAUGCUGCUAAAAUUAAUAGGAAAGGCUCAUUAGCUUGAGUGGGACAUUUGAUUAAUUCUGCUGCAUUUUCAUAUAUAGUUGAAGACACAUUCUGCGAAUGCAAGGGGUGUGAGAUUGCAAUUUCCAUUUUAUCAUGGCCAAUAAAUUGAAGGAAAAAGAAAGAGAGUGACAAAUGAACUCCUUCAAUGGAGAUAAGUUUGACGAGUUAUUUACCUUUCAUUAAUGUACGGAAUGUUGUAUUUUCAUUGUUUUGAUAGGAAAUAUUUUUGAAGGUGCUUUAUAUUGUAUUGCCGAUUUGAAAAUAUGAACAUGCAUGAGGUAAUAAGAA